AUGGAAGGAUUAAGCGUGGUUGCAGCCAAUUUGAAAGUCUUCCUCCAGCCUUCGCAGAGCAAUAAUCUCACUCUAGCUAUCUUCCGCGAGCUCAGCGCGUUGCUCUUCAAGUACCAUGAUGAAUUCGACGGUGUCUUGUUAGCUUAUAAUGUUCAUGCUCCGGAGAAUAAGGGGCGAAUCCUUCCCGGUGUUCAUCCGUUCAUUGCUGUGAGACUAGAGGCUAAAUUGCUUGUCUUUUCGCCUAAGCCAGACAUGCUUUUAGAAGGGAAGGUGGUGAAAGUGGCUGAGGAGUCUAUUCAUGUCAUUGUUCUUGGUUUCUCGUCGGCUGUAAUAACAGAUGAAGAUAUCCGCAAUGAGUUUAAGUACAAGACGAAACACGGUCAGGGUUUGUAUGUCAACAGAUCUAACAAGCGCCAUGUGAUUAAGGCUGGAACUAUGAUUCGUUUUGUUGUCAAGAGUAUGAAUGAAGAGACACUCCACAUCUAUGGAUCAUUGAUCCCUGCUAACACUGGAAGCAUCAAGAUAUUGGAGAAAUCAUCAGAGCAUACCAACACAGAAAGCGUCACAAUCAACAGCACUCCCAAGAAAAGGAGAAGCAAAGAGCAAGGAGUGGCACAGAUCACAGAGCAUGGCAGCAUUGUCAAGGAUGCUCCUUCACAUAACAAUUAUGAUCGUGAAAUUAAGAAGCCGCGAAGAAGCUGA